UUUUUUUUAAUAUUUGCCUUCAGUGUCUUGGCUGAGAGAAGAGUUUUUUACCUCUCUGAGAUUUUUUUUUUUCCUUGAGAGUAGUAGAGGAAGCAAGAGAGGAUUUACCUGGUCGGGCUGAGUUCACUUCAUUUGACUUUUUUUUUUUAAAUUAUUGUUAUUAUUAUUAUUAAAAUAAUCAUCCUGCCUCAGAAGAAAGGAAGGUUUUGGCAACUCUGGUUAAAAAAAAAAAAAAAGAAAGACAACUUUUCAUCAAUGGCCUCUUUUGGAUAUUUCCUGUUUCUUUGUGGGUUGAGUCAGGCUCUGUCAAGUUACCCAAUCUGGUGGUCUUUGGCAAUUGGUCACCAGUAUUCCUCCCUGGGGACUCAGCCCAUCCUCUGCGGGAGCAUCCCAGGAUUGGUCCCCAAGCAGCUACGCUUCUGUCGGAACUAUGUGGAGAUCAUGCCCAGCGUAGCAGAAGGGGUGAAGAUUGGGAUCCAGGAGUGCCAGCACCAAUUUCGAGGGAGGAGGUGGAACUGCACAACUGUCAACGACAGCCUAGCCAUCUUCGGGCCCGUGCUAGAUAAAGCUACCAGGGAAUCAGCCUUUGUCCAUGCCAUUGCCUCUGCUGGAGUGGCUUUUGCAGUGACCAGAUCCUGCGCUGAGGGCUCAGCCACCAUCUGCGGCUGUGACACUCGCCACAAAGGCUCCCCAGGGGAAGGCUGGAAAUGGGGAGGCUGCAGCGAGGAUGUGGAGUUUGGGAGCAUGGUGUCUCGGGAGUUUGCUGAUGCCCGGGAGAACAGACCAGAUGCUCGGUCAGCCAUGAACAGGCACAACAACGAAGCUGGAAGGACCUCUAUCAUUGAGCUCAUGCAUCUGAAGUGCAAAUGUCACGGCCUCUCAGGCAGCUGCGAAGUGAAGACCUGCUGGUGGUCUCAGCCAGACUUCAGGGUCAUCGGUGACUACCUCAAGGACAAGUACGAUAGUGCAUCUGAAAUGGUGGUGGAAAAACACCGGGAAUCCCGUGGCUGGGUCGAGACCCUCAGGCCCAAAUACAACUUCUUCAAGGCUCCAACUGAGAAGGACCUGGUUUACUACGAGAACUCUCCAAACUUUUGUGAGCCCAACCCUGAGACAGGUUCCUUCGGGACCCGUGACAGGAUCUGUAAUGUCACUUCCCACGGGAUUGACGGUUGCGACCUUUUGUGCUGCGGCCGCGGGCACAACACGAGGACUGAGAAACGGAAAGAGAAGUGCCACUGUAUCUUUCACUGGUGCUGCUAUGUCCGCUGCCAGGAGUGCAUACGAGUCUACGAUGUCCACACGUGCAAAUAAAGUGGGCAAAACCCUUUGCUGGGCUCCAAGUGGAGAAACGGAUUCGAGCCUACUUCCUCUGAGGUUGCAGACAUGAGAGAAGUCUACUUUUUGAUAUUAAAAGAAUAAAAAAUAAAAAAUAAAGGCUAAAACUGGUUGGAUAGAAUAGGUCUAAUGACUUCUGGGCUAUCCCGAGGUACAUCUGGCAGUCACACAAGUUAUGCCACAAUGAUGCAUCCUGUAGGAGACAGUGGCUUUUUAACUAGCUGACGACACAGAUCUGGAAAGAAGAGCAUCAGCAAAAGCAUGGAUUGUUCUGCUCUUGCCCACUUGAAGUGACUUGUGUGAUUAAGUGUCCUUUGAAAGACUUGCAUCUUCCUAUAUAUCUCCUUUUCCCUCAGCCAGGGAGAGGCUGUGUUGGCCAGCAGCACUAAACUUUCUGAGAUUUAUCUACAUACCCAAAUGGCCAGACUCUGUGCAUAAUAUGAGCAACAACAACAGCAGCAAAAGAAAUAAAAGCAGAUAAGUUAAUGAUUUUUUUUUUUAAAUGCACAUUUUCCUUUGCUUUUGCCCUGGAACCAGAGAAGUCUACAAAUAUAUUAUAGAGCUGUAGAGUGGACAGGCUCUUCGCAUGAACUUUUUAGCAUAGUAGCUUCUGCCAGAUUUGACACAGGAUGCAGUGACACCUAUAGAGUGGGAGGGAGGGAGAAAAGAAGGGAAAAGGAGAGAAAGAGAGAGGACUGCCGAUGGUUUCCUGCAAAUGCCCUAUUGGCACACAGGUGAUGUGCAUGGUACAAAAAAUUUCAGUGCCUGAUAAGUGAAGUGAAGAGGACUCGGUCUGUGCAUUGAGGAGACAGUCCCAUGAUGGACAUGGUGCUCCAGCUGUGGCUCAGCCAACGAGUCUUCCUCGGAAAAAACAAGAGGUGCAGGGUGAUUCUCCUCGGGCUGAAGUGCAGCUGGGGGUGGGAUAUCUGACUCCUGAGCACCCCAGCUCGUUCCAGUAGAGGAGGAGAGGGAAAGUGUUUAUCUCUCCCACUCCAUUACAGAACACCAUCACCAACAGUGGAAAGUGCACUUAGUCCAUCCACUCUCUGCACCCCAUACAGGCUUCCCCCGGGCACUUAGCAAAACCCUUAGACCACAAGUCUGUCAGGAACAUGACUCUGAAGGACUGUUUGUCACCCAGUAAUUUACGUGAGCCAACCCUCUCCCCCCGCAAGUUGGAGCAGUUUCAGACUCUAGACAAAUUUGGUUCCUCGCCUAAUUUCUACAGCCAUUCCCGUAUCUAAAAGUGGCCCAGGUUAAAAUGCAUGGAAUCCAGACUCUGAAUGAGCCCAGAGGUUGGACACGGAGCCAAAUCCCAACUGUGCAGUGCUGCCCCGUCUCCACUGUUCACUUCCAACUGCCCUUCUUUGCACGCUGCUCUACUUCGGGUAUCAGAUCAGGACUGCCAGUUUACAGAAACACCUCUCACUUCUUCUGCAGGCAUCAGGGCUUCCUUCAGCCACAUGGGUAUCAGGCCUGAAUCUCAGCCCAUCUCCUUGGUAUUUACAGCACUGUAAUUCUGCUCUUUGCUUGAGUUAUUCCUGGUCAAUACCAGCAUAAAUGAGUGGUGAAUCGAGCAUGGAAUUGUAGUCUAUUUAGCCUCUGAUUCAGUUGCCCUACUAAACUCUUUGACUCACUCAUACCCUUGAGUUCCUAUCUUGGGAAAAGGACUAAGGAUUGGCAUUUUUUUCUUUCCUUUCAUUCAGGGAGGGAGAUGGGUUGUGGUCUAACUCCCAGUGACCCAUAAGAGUCUUUUCAUGAAGAGUAAGGCAAUGUAAUCAUGGUUGUUAGCUAGUUCACACCUGGAUAUCUGUGCAGUGAAAUCAGAGGGCUCUUCUCUCCCAGCAUGUCAGCUUAUUCCCAGAACAGAAAGAGAGAGACUAUGCAGAAGAGACAGGGAGCAAAUAGAACUUAAUCCCAUCAGAGAGAAAGCAGGGGAAAUGAUGCCUCCAAGGGUUGACUCCAUGAGUCAUGGCGUCUCUCAGGACUACUCCUAGGCUGGUACAGUUUAUGCAUCACCCUAUGUCUCAGGGCUGUGCCCAAGGACAUGAGGAAGUUUUGUGUAUUGGUGGAGGCACUUCGGUUAACUCUCUGCAAAAAAGCUGUAAUGAAAUGAGGGGAGAGAUACGGGAGGGAGGGAAGGAGAGAAGGAAAGAUCAAGAGAGACAAAGAAAGAAAUAGGGAGGAAAACGAUUGAUCUGUAUGUGUAAACAUUGCUUGCAGUGGAUGGUCACAAAUCAGCUGAUGAAAAGCAAUAGGUCACUAAAAAUAGAGACAAAGAUGAACCAAUGAAUAGAAGUAUGGCUGAUUUUUAUAAUACUGUCUUGGGAAAAAGGAAAAUCUGAUCAUUGUAGCAAAUAGAGAAGGAGGCCACUGCAGGGGGAAAUUACCACAGUAACCAAUAUUCAAACACAAACUGUCAAGAAAGAAAACACUAAAGGAAAAAACAUACAAGGUAGAAGGCAUUAAUUGAAAAAAAAAUAGACAAAGGAAGUUAAGUCUGGUUUACUUAAUAUAACGUAGUGAUAGCAGUUGCAGUGAGAGAUGUUAGACGUGUCAUGCCAAGGACUUGUGUCAGAGAUUUCUGCCCCAAGAGUGAGGAUGCAGAUCACUGCAGAUCAUGUUCUGUCUCGGUCCAUUGACUUCAGCAGGACCACACCCGCUGAUUUUACCCUGAUAUCUUUAAACAGAGUGAUUUCAAACUCCUUGUUUUACAACAUGCCAGUGAAGAAAUGGGUUGAAGGAUUUGACUUCUUUGCAUGGGGGAGUUGAAUUUUAACCUCAACCCAUCCACAGCAGGCUAACAUUCACAAUUUCUGCAUUUUCACCAGAACCAAGCUCAAUAUCACUAGCAUGUGAAGCUCUUUGAGAAGCAUGGAAACAACAAAAAUAGCUAGGCAUCUCCUGAGCAAUUGCUUCUUAAGGUGAACAAAUAGAUUUUGACUGCAGCAGUAGAAUUUACUUCUACUCUACUUUUCUACUAGGAUCAAUGGCAAGACACAAAUAAGUGCAGAAGGUGAUUCAUCAUAGCCUAGGAUGGUAUCUAAGCUAGGUUUGGUAAAUUGCCUUCUGGAUGAACCUCUGUCUUUCCUCCAGCUUUAGCUGAUGAGCUCAUACUAGAUGAUGAACUUUCAGACUGGGUACAGUCUGAUGAUGUGAAGUCCACCAUGAGUCAAAGAGGUGAAGCUACAAUCUGAUUAUCAGCUGAAAUUGGCUGGAAACUGUACUCCAUUCAAAACUGGGGUUUUGAAGGAGCUCAGUGCUCGGAGACUUCCAGCCCAUUCGAGGGAUUUUUUAACAAAACCUAUGCAUAUUUUUUAGGUGUUAUUAUGUAAUUAGUCAUCAACUAAUAGUAAGGGGUUGUAUAGUGUAAGGGAUGGAGCAGCUGCUAGAGAAGUCUAUGAAAAAUGCCUGUGUGAAUUCAGCUAAUGACCCCAGGUGCAUCUGAGGGUCCUAGUUCCCGGGUCUGUCUCUGCCUAACUAUGUGGAGGGGAAAGGGAGAGCCUGCUAGGGAGUCUGGAAGCAAGGGACUGCUGAGUACACGUGCUAGGCCUGCAUCUGGCUCCACUGGCUUUGGAGAAUUCACUUGGGGCAUUGCUAGUUUAUGCACAUAAAUUCUGGGAAUGUGUUUGAAAAGCUAAGAUGCCACUCCACUGUCUACUCUUGGUGUCUCAUGUCAGGAUUCCCAUUGCAAUGAUCUCAAAGACCAAGUCAAUGAGGAGUGAGGUGCUGUCUCUCCCCGUCUAUCAUCGCGCCUACGAUGGGCCUCAUUUAGGGAAUGGUCUAAAUACAACCCAAAGCUGCCUUCUGCCUCAGAUUCUCCAAGGUCUUUCAGAACAGGUAGGGCCUUCCUCACAUAGAGGACUUUGGGCUACACUCAAUAAUACAAGCAUCUAGUGACAUUUGAGGUGCCCUAAAAUAUCCCAUUGGGAUGCAGCUGUUGCUUCAAUGCCAUAGGACUCCCACAGUCCUGUGUCAUUUGUACUAAAUCUGGGCAGAUACGUUAGAGACCAUUGGGUACCAAAAAGGACACGAGAUGCCUAUUGUAGACAGUUGAAUUGUUCAAUUGCCUGGCAGUGGGUUUCUGUAAAAAUUUCCCCUCCACAUUAGUUUGUGACAGUUUCCACAAAAGGAAAAGAUCAUUGAUUUCCAGCUCAAACUCCAUUUUCCAUGGUACCCUUUUCCUUUAUUCUUCACGUGUGGUGAGGUUUGUCCUCAAGCAGAUGGUUUUUAUCAGGGAUGUGCCUGGCAGUACCAGGGAAAAGGGAAAGGGUAUCAUCCAGCCAAGUAACACAGAUGUAAAAAAUGAAAAUAAAAAGGAACAUAAUUUAAUUCAUCUUACAUGCUGCUAUCCAACUUUUCCUUUAGCUGAACAGAUGGGUUUGAUUGGCCCAUCAGUUCCGCAUUCAACCUCAUUGAAGUCAACAGAGUUAUAUGCGAGGGGUGAAUUUGGCCUCACCUCUUUUCUUUCUGUGAAAGAAAUGGAAGGUUUAGGAGCUUUUUGUUGUCUUGGUUUUGGGGAUUUCUCUUUCUCAGAGAAAAGAAAAAUGCGGGGAGGGGAAUGCAUGACUUUUCUAUUACUGGACUCCUGAUGUAUUGCACUGACAGUCUUCUCCAAAAUAUUUUUGAAGUCUCCAGAAUUGUCUCCACUGCUUACAAGGGGCUUUAUUUGCACAACCAAAGCAGUCAGGAUUUAAUCUUGGGAGAGCACUGCAGGGACAGCCAUGUCACAAAAUGCAAUCUGGUGCAGAAAUCUCUGAGUUUGCACCAGUUAUAUCAGCCCCACAAACAGAAGUGCUGUAAUCUUAGCUGGGCACUGCAGGAUUUCUGUGUUAGCUAAUCCUCAUAAAGAAAUUUUGUCUGGAAUUCAAUCUGAAAUAUUUUGGGUGUUUUCAGUGCAUUCAGUUCUAUUGCUAUAGAAAUGUCCAUGGAUUGUAAUGCAUUUGUCAUGUGUGUUCAUAUGCUUGUACUUUCCCCACCCCUAAUUUCAAAUACAGAAGAAACACUUCCUCAUUCUAUGAGCUCUGGGUCACUUUUUAGCUUCAAGGGGAGGUUUCAGUGCAGAAAAUCUGUGUUUUGGUGUUCCAGGGGAUAUUCUGGGUUACAGUUUGAGCACACAGCAGGAGCUGGGAGUUUUGAAUCUAGUUCUGGGUCCUGUGCUAUGGAAAUUACCCCAGCCUUCCCUUGAUGCCUUAAUGAUAAGCUUCAGGAAGAUAUAUAAGGCCACAAAAAAAUGCAGCAAAUCAAAUUUCCCUGCAGACACCAGCCAUUGUGCCUGGUUAGAACUGACAAACAGUAUCAGCUUCCCAUCAGAAAAUGACUCCUGGUUCUGCCAGAGACCUGCAGAGAACUGAGGCUGCUGAGAAGGCGAUGCUCUGCUCUCAGUGGCACACUGAGGUGUUCGCUCAGGUCUGUCAGUCGUGUGUUCAGGCAGAUAUUUGGGAAAAGCUGUAGAGAGAGUCGUUAGAGGAUGGGAGAGAAAGUGGGCUGGGUGGGAGGAGGUCCCAUCUCUUCAUCGCUGUAUUUCUUCUGUUCUCCACUUUCCCUCCAAGAUGAAACUUGGCUGUUAUAGUAGGGACUUCUUAGUAUGUGAAAGUCUUUCUUCUAGAUUUCCCUUAUCUCACGGAACAGCAGCAGUGGGAUCCAUCUUGCUUUUUGCUCAAUCGUUUUUCUUCAUGUCUUAACUCCCAGUGCUCACGUUCCCUGCCCUCUCCUGUGUGCUCCAACAAAAGCUGCUGAUCUGCACUUCAUCACUGCUCAGCCAGGGGACAGGACCCUGCUGCCUCAGGUCUCUGUUAGCCACUGCUAGGUGUAGAUGUGUCCAUUGGGUUGGAAACAGAGACUCCUUUGCUUCCUUUGUGAGAAAUGGGUGUUUAGCCCUCAUUCCUGAUGUUGAUGGUGGCUGUGUGGGCUUGGGCAAGUCAUUCUGCUCCCACUUCCCUGCAGUUUCCAGAGGUGUCUUUGAUGCGUCUCCACCUUGGAGGGAGAGAUUUUCUCAAGAACGAACAUGAGGCCAUUAUAUCUAACUCCCAGGCACCAGGGGUUGGGAUUCAGGACACAAAGUGAGAUGCUUUAAUGUAGGCACCUACAAGUGAGGUCGAUGCUUGAACUUCCAUACAAGCAAUGAUGAUGGGAUGCAUUUGCCUAAACAUAGCGUCUAGGGUUGAAUUGAAUCAUUGAAGAUAGGCAUCUAGAGUCAUUUGGGAUGCCCCAGGGUACCCCGCUGGCUUCUAGCAGCUGCUCUGGAAGAGUGUGGCCUCCCUUUAAGUCCUGUGGCAUAUCUGCCAGCCACAUGCAGAUGUCUCAGAAACCCCAGGGCAUCCCAGAUGGCACUAGAUGCCUGUGCAUGAUCAGCUCAGUUGAUCUCCUAGUCAAUUGGCAGUGGAGGCUAGCAAGCAGUUCAUCUGGCCAAGUCUAAGUGUCCACUAUAGGGCAAGGUGAACCAUUCUUUAGGCCCCACUGAUUGUGCUGACAGUUUCCAUCAAAUACUGGUGUUUAGAUAUCUAACUCACACAGAGACACAUGCUUGCAGGCAUCUACAAUUGUGUGUCUUAAUCUCUGAGCUGGACCCCACUCCAGGUGCCUAACUCUUGUGUCUUUGGAGACACUAAGAUGGAAAUCUGUCUGUGGGCCCAGUUCUGCUCUCCCUUAGACUGACAUAAAUCAGGAGGCAUCAUUUCCAUAAUGCCAGACUUACAAGCAUAUCAAAGGGAGGGUGGAUGUAUUCUGGAGGAAUGAUUAUUUGAAACCAACUUACUGACUGGUAUGUGAUGGGUUUGACCCCAAGGGAGCAUCUCUGCUGUUCCUCUUGGUGAGCACAUAAUGAAUAUGGACAAGUCCCACCAAGUCAUCUACAGGCAAAAUCUUGCUGUUAUGUGAAUACCAUCCAAAUAGAGAAAGCUCCUGAGACACAACAGUCACAAGCAUCUUCUCCACCUAACUUUGUCUCUGCAGACCUUGCUCUUUUUAUACAUGUUCUGUGGACCAAGGGAGGUCUUGGACAGCUCUGCAUGAAAGUAGAGAGUGGAGAAGGUGUGAGGAGAUGCUUUUUUCAUUUUCUUUUAUUUUUCCAAGUUUCUUCUUAUUUAUUAGUAUUUAUUUAUUUCUCACUACUCAUUCCACUCUACCAAAAAGCCUGAAGGCACAUCUGCUACAUAGGCUAGUAAGCAGCUGAGUAUCACCCGUGUUUUUGAGGGAAGGCACUGUUUUGUCAGGGACCCUUCCUGACGCACUUGCCACCCACUGCUGCCACUUGCAAAGCACAAGAGGCCCAAGCCUUCCUGAGGCAGGCUCCCAAAACCUCCCAAAUCCUCCUGUUUGUGAUCAAAUCCUCCCCACUGAAGCCUCCAUUCCCACUGAUAAGCAUUCCUCCAGACUCAGUUGCCCCACUGCCUGCCUGUCCUCUACUGACUGCAGCUCAGUCUUACGCCUCUUCAUCUUGGUGGAGACCCACUCUAUCUCUGUCUCUUACAGCAUCAUUUCUGUCACUCCCAGGCCAAAACCUGCCCAAACAGGACCUCUCAUUGCUUUGGACUGUCUGACAAGCCCACUAGCAGUGUGGAAGGCAUAAAACACAACCCUGUAGUAGCACAGGGGAUUUCCCCGUGGUACGAAACAUGCUUGUCCAGAAGUCAAGGACAAGUAUCUUCUUGCGGGUGGGUUUUUCAGCUGUUGCUUUCCCUUCCCACAGACUGUCUGCCUGAUUACAUCUCCCUGUUCAGAGCUACAUCACUGUCUGUAACCCUUCCCCAACCUGCCCCUGCCCUUACCCCACCUGAGCACCCCUUUGUACAGAAUGCAUGUAUGAUACAACCUGAAAUUCCAAAGCUAUUGUACAAAGUAGGAUUGUCACCUUUUUUUUUCCUCAGUAUUUUGUUAAGUCUGAUGAUUUUUUUAUGAUUAUUUAUUUUAUGAAUAAAUGUAUAUAUUAGUAAGAGAAUAUAUUUGCGGAAAUAACUCAUCGGGACAGUGUUGUUGCUCUGCUGUUGUGCUUGUGACCUCAUUGGCUUUUACCCUAUUCUCUACUGACAGCACACUAGCAAUGUCUUGUAACUGUUUUUUGUUACCAGUUAAGUUUGAUAGAUGUGUUAACUUUAUAAUGAAAAUU